UAUCAUUUUUUUCAAUAAAAUUAUGUUCAUUUCGCAGUUACUAAGACCAAAACAAGUCAGAAGUCAACACAUUGAAAUUUUCAGGCGAGGCAUCAAAUUAGGUUUAGAAAAAUACAAAUAUUCCAUACCAAAAAAUGAUGAUCCUACAAAUAAUUUAAAACGGCGAAUGGAAAAAAUAUAUAAAGAAGAAACUUAUUACACACGGCAACAGGCGGGUGGUGUGGAUAAACAAGCUAUUGAUCGAGUUUCCUCUUGUACAAAGGAGUGUUUGAAAAAAACACAUGAUUAUCCAAAACUACAACGAUGUUUUGAAAAAGUUCAACAUGAAACUUACGAUAUUGAGGACUAUGACACUCGUAGAGCGAUGCAAGAUACAUUGAAACAUGUGAAGAAUACCCGUCCACGAGGCGUACCAAUGGAAUAAGCAGCUUCUAAUGUUAAAAUAAUUAAUGUUUGCCACACAAUGCCAACAUUGUGAUUGAGUAUUGAUUAUUUAACAUCAGAAUCGGACUAUAAUAACUAAGAUGUUGAAUUGGUUUAAAUUAUGGAAGGCAAUGUUAAGAAAUACAGGGUUCUUAUUCCAAGUUUGAAUUGAAGCUUUUAUUCGACUUUAAUUAACACGCAUGAUUA